AUGACCGCCUCCUGGAUCAAGACAGGACAAGAUGAAGGGUUGAGCACGGCUCCAGUCCUCAGCUCUGGAGUGGACCCGCCCCCUGCUGACCCCGUGUCUCAGGCCCGGCUAUGGAGAGUGUCCGUGGUGCUGCAGGACUGCUGCCGACCAGCAGGGGGCGCAGGAAAGGACGUCGAGAGCAACAGAGACGGAGAACAGCCUGGCGCCGGGAAAGGAGCUUCGUCCUUGCCCUCCAUCGCACAGAUUACAGAGACCGAGAAACGGUACUGUUGCUCUCAGUGCAGCAGGAGUUACCGGCAAAAGAAGAAUCUCAAUCAGCACGAGCGCACUCACACAGGAGACAAACCAUACCAAUGCGCUCAGUGUGGCUUAGCUUUCACUCACAAGUGCUUUUUGAAGCAACAUCAGCGCAUUCACACAGGAGAGAGGCCAUACCAGUGCUCUGAAUGUAGGAAGAGUUUCACUAAUUCGGGAUCUUUGAAACGACACGAAAAAACACACCUUGGAGUGAAGAGAGAGAGACCGUACCAGUGCACUCAGUGUGACGAGACUUUCACUGGCGGGGGAACUCUGAAACGACACCAGCGCAUUCAUACAGGAGAGAGACCAUACCGAUGUGAUCACUGUGGGAAGAGUUUUCACCAAGGGAUACAUCUGAAAGUACAUCUGCGAACACAUACGGAAGAGAGACCGUACCAGUGCACUCAGUGUGACAAGAGUUUCACUGACGGGGGAACUCUGAAACGACACCAGCGCAUUCAUACAGGAGAGAGACCGUACCGAUGUAAUCACUGUGGGAAGAGUUUUAACCAAGGGAUACAUCUGAAAGUACACCAGCGCCUUCAUACAGGAGAGAGACCGUACCGCUGCACUCACUGCGGCCACAGUUUCACUCGAGACGACCAGCUCCAGAGACACCAGCUAAAGUUCCACAGCGCCGAUCUGGAGACUACACUUGAAAAACAACAAAACAAAACAAACAAAUAAAUGUUAAGAGUUUUUUUUUUAGAUUUUGCUCAUGUCCCCUUAGCGGAUCCAUAGAUUCAUGCACAACACUCAUGCCACUAUGGGCCUUUUUCCACCGACAGAGAACCGGCUCCGUUCCCGUUCCCGAACCAACAUUUGAACCGUUUGUCGUGUUUCCACUAAAACAAAAUCCAGUUCGGAACGUGGCACCUUGGUUCGGAAGUCGAACCAAAAAAUACUUGUUUUUUCCUGCGAACCGGAGUGGGCGUGUCAUUGCGCAAUUCAGAGGGGAGAAGGCUAAAAGCAUGAGUUUUCCGUCCAUAUCAACUGUUGCUAUGAGUAAACAAAACGAUUCAACUAGCAUUGCACUGCUGACGUUGACUGGUGUAACUGUGGUCAAACAUCGGGUGGGACUGAGGCGAAAUGUUGAAUUUUCUCUCUCUUUUAUUUUCCUUUCAGAAAAAAUAUCAAAACAUUGCCUUCAGGCACAUGUACUGCAUGCAUCAGAUCACAAGCAUGACUUCUCUGAUCUAUAACUUUUAACUUCCCAUAGAAUGGGCAUAACUGUAAUACAUAUUAGCAUACAUAACAUAACAUAACAUAACAGCAACAUUAUGGAGCCACAUACCUUUCAGAAAAGAUAUCAAAACAUUGCCUUCAGGCACAUGUACUGCAUGCAUCUGCACAAGCAAAAUAACGUACUACGUAAAUAUUCUAUUGUACACUGAGACACGCCAGACAGAAUGUUCGCACACAUGGAACAACAGCUAAUUAACGUUCAGGGUGACUCGAUCGCUUAACAUUCGCUGUUAUCUCAUACAUACAGAGGCUAUACUGAGACUAAGCAUACACACAUGACAGAUACAGAGUAACUUUCAAUGCAUUUUUAACUAAUAUAUGCUCGAUAUACAGUACAUUAAAAGCAUGGACGUGGCUAGCGUAGUUUACUGCUAGUCACGUUAACCAUUGUGGAGAAACUUACGGUUAAACAGGAAAACAUUAACAAACUCUGUAAAACCAUGCAAAAAGAGGUAUGCUCGCUACAGUGUAUGUCAAAUAAUAUAAUACAUGGAAAACAUCGAAGUUACCAACUUAAACAUCAAGUUACUUUUAGAAAACUGAUAUACUGUGUGGAGUGCUUUAUACAGUGAACCUACCAGAUCACAAGCUGAUCUGGUAGGGAAACAACACGGGACUACAUGCAGCAGACCUGCAGUACACAAUAUGACCAAGGGUGGCUCCCUUUUACAUUUAAACAAGGCUGUUUCAUUUUUGGCGAAAAUCAUAAUAAUACACUACAUUUUUAACUCUGUUACACUGGCAUUUUAAAUAACUCGUUUCUGCCCUUUUUAUGGGACAACUGGUCAUAUCAUUCUCCUGUUUAUGCAUCUCAUUAACAGUUCACAGUCAUGUUGGAACAGGAAGUGGCCAUCCAAUAAAGUUGGGAGCAUGGAAUUGUCCAAAAUCUCUCAGUCAAUGCUGAAGCAUUCAGAGUUCCUUUCACCGGAACUAAGAGACCAAGCCCAGCUCGGGGAUGGCCACUUCUUGUUCCAACGUGACUGUGCACCAGUUCACAAAGCAAGGUCCAUAAAGGCAUGACAAGAGUGUGGUGUGGAUGAACCACUGAUCUAUAAAGAAUACCUGGAUAGAGCAUCUACGUCAAAAUUCUGAAGCCUACAUGGGGGCGGCCAUUAUGGGACCACUUGCCAUAGGAAUGCAUAGACAGUAAAAGACAGUAAAAGAAUGUUGCCGUUCUGCAACAAUGGAAUUGGAACACCUCGCCGCCAUUAUGGGACCACUCGGGACAGUUCCAUUGGCUUCAUUGUUGAUGGGUCAGCAACAAUGAGAUAGUCUAUCCAGGUAUUCUUUAUAGAUCAG